CCAAGGCCGAACAGGCGGAUCGCUCGUCCAACCCGCAACACGGGACCGUGGUCGAUCGCGGCGUGACCGAGGCGCGCAACUGGGACUUCUACCUGCAGGCGCACACCGCGAUCCAAGGCACGGCGAGGCCCGCCCAUUACUACGUCGUCUAUGAUGAGAUCUUCCAGGCUCGCAAAGUCCCCCCGGGCCCCUUCAAGAGCGCCGCCGACAUCCUCGAGGACCUGACGCAUAACAUGUGCUAUCUCUAUGCGAGGGCCACCAAGUCGGUCAGCAUCUGUCCGCCCGCGUAUUACGCGGAUCUGGUGUGUGACCGGGCCCGGUGCUAUUUGAGUGGAUUCUUUGACCCGGUGACGGCGAGCUCGGCCGGCAGCGCGAGCGAGAGCGGAACGAACGCACGGGGACCAGACUCCAGUAUGGUCAAGAUACAUCCCCGAGUGCGAGACAGCAUGUUUUAUAUUUAAUGAGCGUCGCCGUGUUACAGUCGGAUGUAUAGCAGCUGGAUCAGGCAGGGGGGUAGAUGGAGGAUCUUUGGAAAAUGUCUUUUGUCCGGUGGAAACCGGUCUCUAUUAGUCUCUCUGGUGGUCAGGAACUCUUGGGCGGAAAAAAAAGUUGGGCGUCUGGCGUGGUCCCGUGGAUUUGGGUCGAUGUCGUGACUCUGAACUUCAUAUGCUUUUUGGGAUUUGUCGAGCUUUAUCAGAGCAUUUAAGUCUGUCUGAUGUUGGUGCUCGGUGAAGCUAUCAGGUCUUUCGUCUCGAUCUUAACGGUAAUGUGCCAUGUGUACGGAAUGUAUAUAACUAUAUAACUAGUUAUAGUUAGUUAUAUGGUUAUACGACUCUA